AUAGUGCUGCAGACAUUUUUUGUUGUGCAGACUUUUGCAGACUUUUGAAAUUCUCGCAGAUUUUUACAGACUUUUGAAAUUCUCGCUGACUUUCAUCUAUAUGUACAGAAAAAUUUGAAAUUUCCGCGACCUUUUUUUUUUUUUUUGCUCGCCAAGUCAGUUUUGCAUGUCAUACUUUAUAGAGAAAUUGCUGCCAGCAAGCCAUACUUGCUGACUGCAGAUUUUUUUUCAGAUUUACAGACCCUGUCUGCAGACAUUUGAAAUUUUUACCUGGCAUCUCUGAUCAAGAAGAAAAUACCUAAAAACUAAACUGCCACAGUCGCGAACGGGUGUUUCAGUGUCAUCAGUGCGUGUUUUCAUAGAAAUUUGCACCUUAAAGUGCGAUUAGAAAUGUGCGGAAAACUCUUUAUAACAUAGAAUAGCGGCCAAGGUAUUGAACCGAGUCGAUUUUUUUUGGGUAGACAUGUGAUUCGAGGGAGAAAAUGAAAAUUAUUACAUCAACCUCAACAUUGAGUUGAUGAUUUUCCUCCCUUUUUCUAUGCUUUCGGUGUAUACGUGUGUUGACAAGUGUUUGACAACUUCUUUUGAAGUGAUUGUAGUUGUGUAAAAUUGGGAAUGAGUUGAAUCGAAAAGUAAACGCCAAAAGCAAAAAACAACAAAGAGUGAUCCAGAAAAUUGUCAUCAUGCGUGGCUAAUCCACUUAGUUCGCGAAUUAUUAUGGCAUUGUUUAACGGAAAAUAAGAUUCAGCAGAAAGUGCGAAUGUAAAUUGGAAAGUGCGACUAGGUAUAAGAAUAUAAUUCGGUUGUUUGAUAGAAAACGACACUAGUGCAUGUUGUGACAAUGUUUUCUAAAAAGAAGAAAAAGCCACAGAUUUCCUUUCCAAGUAACUUCGAGCAUCGUGUACAUACGGGUUUCGAUAAACGAGAAGGAAGAUAUGUCGGAUUACCACUGCAGUGGGCUUCCAUCGUGGGAAAUAACCAAAUUCUGAAAUCGACCAAUAGACCUCUGCCGUUGAUAGAUCCCUCUGAGAUAACACCAACGGAAAUAUUGGACCUUAAAACCAUCGUCCGUCCUCAUCAUAAUCCGAAUUCUAGUGCUGCAUCAACAACUAGCAGUGAACCUGGCAAGCUAGUUUUGCCAAAAACUUCCAGUGUGGCAAGAUCAAACUCGUUACGAAGCUCCAGUCCUCCGAGAGUGCGCCGUGGAGAUCUUCGUGCGAGUACUAAUGUUCCACCGUCAGUUCCGGAAGAACCGAGUCAUCUCGGUGGUGGUCAAUCUCCAUUCCCUUCAGUUAACAAUAACUUUCCACCAUUACCCGUAAAACAUUUCUCCGGAAAUCCAUUCCAACCCCACCAGCAACAACUGUCCUCUUCAUUCUCAGAGAAUCAGACCAGUUUUAGCAAUCUCAACAAUUUUGAUCCACAACAUCAUCCUCAUGCACAUCAACAUUCUCAUCAGUUAACCUACAAUCACCACCAUCAGCAACAACAGCCGAUGGGAACCCAUCAUCUUCAUUUGAAUGGGAAUGUCGUUGGUCAGCAGCAGCAACAGCAGCAGUUGAAUGUGGCCGCCAAUAAUGGCACUAAUGGAAAUCACACAACUAAUAAUCCUAAUGUAGCACCUGAUGGCGGCCCACUGUGUAACAGAUCACAAAAGUCAUCUCCAACGGGAUCGGAAGGUGUCUUACGCUAUCCGCUCCAAUCCUACCAAGGGCAAUAUCCGGGCGCGGUUCAAGGUCACCAGCAGCAUGGCAACGGUCCGCCACCAUUGCACAGCAAACCCAAUUUCAGCAAUUCCCCGCUGGGUCCGUCCACUGUGCCACAAACUCCGACUAGCCAUCUGCACCAAAACUUGCAUGGGCAAAUGCCUCCUCAGACAGGCAUGACCGCACCACAGCUGGACCUAUCACCUGGAAAUCCUGCCACACAUCAUCAUCAUCACCAUCCUAACCAAAUGGGUACUGUGCAUCAGGCGCAACCUCACCAUCAUUCACAGCCACAUGCUGGUGCUGGAGGAGCUGCCGGCAUGAACGGGCCGGUGCAAUUUCCGAAUCCCCAUCAGCCUAAUAUGCACCACAAAAUGCCAUCACCUGCCUCUAUUGCAGGAUCGUCCGUCGAUCAGAAUGUAAAUAGCCACCACAACAAUAACAAUAAUCCCAGUACAAAGGCAAACUCGCGUGCCUCCAGUUCCAGUGGUGGCAACGUGUCAGUGGCACACAGUACGACCUCUUCGGUUCAAACCGGAAAUGCUAGCCAACAGGGAGGAUCCGGAUCAUCCAAAACCGAGCAGCGGCUGACUCAUGAACAGUUUCGAGCAGCACUGCAAAUGGUCGUUUCCGCUGGCGAUCCUCGGGAAAAUCUUCAAAAUUUUACAAAAAUUGGUGAAGGAUCGACGGGAACUGUUUGUAUUGCCACGGAUAAAUCUACAGGUCGACAGGUGGCCGUGAAAAAGAUGGACUUGAGAAAGCAACAACGGCGUGAGUUGCUGUUCAACGAGGUGGUUAUCAUGCGGGACUAUCACCAUCCAAAUAUUGUGGAAACAUACAGCAGUUUCUUGGUGAACGACGAGCUUUGGGUAGUGAUGGAAUAUCUCGAAGGCGGAGCACUCACGGAUAUUGUUACUCACUCGCGCAUGGACGAGGAACAAAUUGCAACUGUUUGCAAGCAGUGUUUGAAGGCACUGUCUUAUCUGCACUCACAAGGAGUAAUACAUCGUGACAUCAAAUCAGACUCGAUUCUGUUAGCAUCCGAUGGUCGCGUGAAGCUGUCCGACUUUGGUUUUUGUGCACAAGUAUCGCAGGAGCUGCCGAAACGUAAAUCUCUAGUGGGAACCCCAUACUGGAUGUCCCCGGAGGUGAUUUCCCGACUUCCGUACGGGCCAGAGGUAGACAUUUGGUCGCUAGGGAUAAUGGUCAUUGAGAUGAUCGAUGGUGAACCACCAUUCUUUAACGAACCGCCACUACAGGCAAUGCGAAGGAUCCGCGAUAUGCCACCACCGAAAUUAAAGAACUCCCAUAAGGUGUCGAGUCGGCUGCAGAAUUUCCUCGAUCGCAUGUUGGUUAGAGAUCCGGUUCAGCGUGCUACCGCAGCUGAGUUGUUGGCUCAUCCUUUCCUUCGACAGGCUGGUCCACCUUCGCUGCUGGUGCCAUUGAUGCGAGGAGCUAGACAUAAUAACUGCUAGGAACUUGUUUUGGUCGUGUAACAGAAGGAUUACUUUACGAAACAGAAAGUGACCUUAUGAUUGUAAAUAGUGAUUCAUGUUUACUUUGAUUAGGGGUUAGACUUUUAUGUUUUCACAAAAAAAGAUUCUUUUUGUAAUCAAGAUUCUCUAUUCUUCGUAGAGACAAUAUUUAGUUGCGACGUCAAUAAGGCGUCAAUUUUUUUACUAUCUCCGAAUAAGUUAAUGGUUGCAUUUCAAACUGGUAACGUGAUUACUCUUUUUCAUAUAGAACAUCUUCACCGUAUUAUCUACAAUUCUUCAAACAAGUUUAUAGCAGUUAGGGUGUCAAGAGCUGGUUAAAAUAUUCUAAACACCCCUUGUUACAUUUCAACGAUACAAGUCUCUCUCAAUUAGAUGACAAUCUCGAAAUAGACAACAGUCAUCGAAAUACCACCACUUGUAUAAACCACUCGAACUCCUUUCCUGAAACCGAAAACGAAACAUUCCAACAGUAUUGCAUUUUUGCAGACAAUCAGUAACUGCUACUUACGAACAUAUACACAAUUGUAUUUUAUUUUAUAACUAGGUUCAACAAGCAAAAUUUAGAUUUGCCAUGUACUCGUGUUAGAUGUAUGCAUUAUUCGGAGCGUUAUUUUGUUUUUAAAACAUGAAAAAUAGUAUUGAUAAGUGUAACUAAUCAAGCCUUGUGUAGAUUUGACGGAAUGUUAAAUUGAUAUAGCCUAUCCGCACGCUAAGCGUUCUGGAAUUACACGGAAUUUUCGCAUGUGUCUUAUAAAUUGUUUGUUAUCUUUAUUACACUUCAUAUACGAUCAAUCUUUUAUUGAAAUGAAUGAAACCCAAGUUUUGAUUCCUACCGUAUAUUUACUCUCAGAACCAGCAACAGUAAGGACUGACGUGCGGAAAUAUUUAAAAAGUUAAUGUUAGAACAUUAGUGAGAAAGAUAAAAGUUUCUUACCUCAGUAAAUUGAUGGCAGCGAAAGAAUUUAUUCUAUCCAAUAGGUUUGGAAAAUUAUAACUACGGUUAUCAAUGGAGAACGAUUUUACUAUAUCAUAUAAAUUUCCUUUUGUAGAGACGUUUAUUGAAAACUCUGCUCCUUAGUUAAGAAGAAUAUAUUAAAUUACUUAAGCUAUUUUAGAUACAAAAUGUUAUUAUGUAAAUCU